GUCUCCCAUGUUUAAAAUCUAACUGAAAAGUAAAGUAUUAUAACAUUAGCCGCGAUUCUCUGCGAAGUGUGGCGCUGCUUUACGAAGCACACAUCGAAUUUGAAACCUCGAAUUUUUAACAAAAUGAAUAGUUUAGUAUCUAGAACUUCAGUUUUUACUUUAAAUCAAUAUCAGCUGAAUGUGUCGAUUAUUGGAAUUGCAGCAACAAAAUUACUGUCAUCGGUCAACAGUUCAUCGAAGAAAGAGGAAGGGGUCCAAAAAUUUAUAAAUACGUCUAAAGGAGAUAGACGAAAGUACUCCUUUAUUCACAACACCAAUUACAAGCGUUAUACGGAGCACAGGAGAGAAGAUGUCCUGUUCGAUAUGUUCAAAAGCCAAGACACUGGGUUCCUCUCGAUCGGCAAAUUUCUUACAGAAUUGCAAGCGACGGGUAUUCGCAAGACUGAUCCUCGUUUGCGAGAAACAAUGCUAAUAUUGAAGCAAGUCGAAAACGAGGCUGACAUGCAAAAAUUGAGUUUGGAAACUUUUAGGAGGUAUAUAAAUCAUAACACGCUAUCAAGCAUCGUGUCGCCUAGCAUAGGACUGAUUUCACGCGCCUUUCGUCAUCAAUUUAUAAUCCCCGAUUUCCAAGACUUUUGUAAAGAAAUUGAAGAAAUCUAUUGGAAAUGCAAAGGAAACAAUAAUGGAAAAGUGGCAUGGUAUAUCCCUCAAUUGAAACGCAUAAAUCCAAAUUAUUGGGGGGUGAGCGUGUGCACAAUAGAUGGACAACGAUUCUCUAUUGGGGAUGUCAACAUCCCGUUUACGGUGCAGUCAUGUAGUAAACCAUUGACGUACGGAAUUGCGCUGGAUCUACUAGGGGCACACACAGUCCACAAAUAUGUGGGCCAAGAACCGAGCGGUCGAAAUUUCAACGAGCUUAUUUUGGACUAUAACAAGAAACCGCAUAAUCCAAUGAUUAAUGCUGGCGCGAUUUUGGUUUCCGCCCUGUUGAAAACAAUAGCAGAUCCUGAAAUGACUUUGGCUGAAAAGUUUGACUACACAUUAAACUAUUUUGUUAGGUUAGCAGGAGGUGAAGAUUUAGGAUUUAACAAUGCUGUUUUCUUGUCAGAAAGGGAAGCAGCUGACAGGAACUAUGCGUUGGGUUACUAUAUGAAAGAGCACAAAUGUUUUCCUGAAAACACUAACUUGAAAGAAUGUAUGGAUUUUUACUUUCAGUGUUGUUCUUUGGAAAUGAACAGCGACACCCUUUCUAUAAUCGGCGCUACCUUGGCGAAUGGAGGUAUUUGCCCCCUCAGUGAAGAAAAAGUUUUGAGGUCGGAGAGUGUCCGUGAUGUGCUUUCUUUAAUGCAUAGCUGUGGCAUGUACGACUACUCCGGACAAUUUGCGUUUAAGGUUGGCUUACCGGCAAAAGCAGGUGUCAGCGGGGCUUUAUUAGUUGUAAUUCCAAAUGUCAUGGGAAUAUGCCUUUGGUCGCCACCUCUGGAUCCAUUGGGUAACAGCUGCAGAGGAGUUCAGUUCUGUGAGGAGUUGGUGAAAAAAUUCAAUUUCCACAGAUACGAUAAUUUGAUUCAUGCAUCCGACAAGACUGAUCCUAGAAAACACAAAUUCGAAACUAAGGGAAUGAACGUCGUUAACUUAUUAUUUUCGGCUGCUUCCGGUGAUGUACCUGGACUGAGAAGACUUAAGUUAUCUGGUAUGGAUAUGACAUUAGCUGAUUAUGAUGGUCGUACUGCUCUUCAUUUAGCAGCGGCAGAGGGUCAUGUUCAAUGUGUGAGUUUUCUUUUAAAUCAGUGUAACGUACCACGCGAUAUACGAGACAGAUGGGGAAAAUCACCUUUAGAGGAAGCUAUUAGGUUUGGUCAUUCUGACAUUAUUGAGAUACUGAAAGACCGGAAUGAACACAUUUAAAGAACCUAAGAACCUUAAAGAAUUCUGUACGACAACUGCAGUAAAAUUCACAUCAAAGCGAAUUUUAAUCAUAUUUCCUGUAAUAAAUAUCGUGAUAUUUCAAUAAUUUUUGUAGACUUCAGCAGCUAUGAACACAAUGUUUCAUUUUUUUUUUGUUAUUGAUCAAUAAAAUGUAUUCUUCUUUA